UUUAGCAUUGCAAUUUUGAAGCCUACAGCAAAAUAAGUUGGUCGAAAUCUCAGCUGGUUGAAAUGUUAGCAGAACAAGACACCACGCAAUGCUUUAGGAAAGUAUCAUGGCUCUUUACUGGAAAACGUUUCAAGGAUAGUUCAUGGUCAUGAAUCGUGUGUGUUUCAGCAGCGGUUUGCCAUGCUGUUAAUCUUGGUAUGGUACUUAGCUUUGGUGUUCUGUUCCCGACUUUGAUGGACUACUUUGACGAGACCAGAGAGAGAACAGCUUUUGUCGGCUCAAUCGGUCUGGGCAUGGUAUGGUUUGCAAGUCCGCUGGCAGGCUAUCUGUGUGAUCGCUUUGGAUGGCGUAUCACAUGUUUCUUGGGAGGCACGCUAUGCAUUGCGGGUCUGGUGUCGACAUCAUUCGUCCAGAGCUUCACAGUGAUGUACUUCACGUACAGCGCCUUGUACGGUUUAGGAACUUGCUUCAUAUGCAAUUCUUGUUUUCUUGCAAUUGCUAAGUAUUUUACAGACAAGUUGUCUGUAGCUACUGGCAUCGUUUCAUUGGGCGCGGGUGUAGGGGUCCUCUACACCGGACCUUUGCUUCAAGUCCUCUUAGACUCGUUUGAAUGGAGGAACACUUUUAGAAUAAUGGCAGCAACUUACGUCCUUGUUUGCAUUUUGAGUCUGAGUUUUAAUCCAUACGUAGAAGAAAUAGCAACAGUGGAGAACUUAAGCAUUGAAAGGAACAACAAAGACGAAGAAAGAGACGACAAGUCAGGCAUCUCUCUUUACUGCAGUGUGUGGAGCUUUCCUGCUUACACUGUUAUUGUAACGUCGUUCACGAUUGCCAAUUUUGGGAUGUAUAUUCCUUACAUCAAUCUGGUCAAGUACUGUGAAGAUAUUAGAAUCUCUGCACAGAAAGCUUCUCGGCUGUUCAUUUUUAUCGGCCUUGCCUCAUGUGUCGCUCGCUUGAUGACGGGAAGACUAUGUAACAACAAAAGAGUUAAUCCAGUGUACGUUUAUCAAUCAUGCUUGGUAACAGCUGGUCUCGCCGCCUUUAUGCUACCGUUCACCACAAAAUAUUGGAGCCUUAUCGUUUUCAGUGUCAUUUAUGGGCUGAGCGAUGGUAUUUACAUAACAACUCAGAAUUUUAUUCUACUGACGGUUGUGGACAGCAAGAGAACCACGGCCUCUUUCUGCAUCAACAAUGUGUUAUAUUCGUUUUCUGCAGCCGCCGGUGGACCAGUUGCUGCCUUGAUAGCGGACCACACAGGGAGCUAUAUCUACUCAUUCUACAUGACUGGAGGAGUACUGUUUGCUGCUUUCCUGAUACCAGUAAUAAUGAUUUACAUCAACUGGAGAAAGUCCAAAGUUCACCCACAGACCUCGGAAGUAGAAGAAGACGAAGAGAAGAAGGUUGCUGAUACAAUAUCAAAGGCGUUUCAGACUGAGGAGGGGCAAAACUUUGGAAUGGAGCGCCGUGAUGGAGCCUUGACGAGAAUGCGCAGUUCUAGCACAAACGCCUAGUUUUCAUUAACGUGUAUUUCACUCAUCCUAGCAUAGGGUCCAAAAGGAGCAGGAAUGGCGCAGUGGUGAGAGCGCUCACCUCCUACCGAUGUCGAUCGGUUUCAGGAUUCCGGCCCGGUACUAUAUGUGGGUUGAGUUUGUUAUUAGUUCUCACCUUGCUCCGGCGAUUUUUCUCUGGGUUCUCCGGUUUUCCUCCUUCCACAGAAACCAACAUCUUCAAAUUCCAAUUCGACCAGGAUAGAUGACCUGCAUGAAAACCAGCUAAGAGUGACGUGGUUUUCUCUCUAAAUAUUGCAACUUAUCUAUUAUCUCCCUCGUUCAUAAAAAUGAGCCCAUUCCACCGAUAAGUAGCGUUUAAAAUGUUGGCUACGUACUGAGAAACUUGGACUCUAGCAAUGUCAUUAAGGACGUUCGCGCGAAAAUUUUCCAACAUUGAUUUUUUUUAGACUUUUACCACUGUAAGAUGAUGAGUUAUUUAUGUCAGAAAUGUUAAAAAAUAGGGGGUCACCGUCGUGACUAACUGGGACUCUAGAAAUGUCAUUAAACCGGAGGGUCCUAUGGCUAUCAUGAUAUACGCCAAAUGUACAUAGUUAUUAUCUGGUAGAACUGGUAUAUGCCGGUGAAAGUAUGAAAUUCGGUACCGUUAGCAAUCGAACAAUAUCCAAGGUAGCAGGAUUCAAUUGAACGCAUUUGAACUUAAAUUGCGAGAGUCUGAUAACCAAACAUUGUCAUUUAACACAAUGUAAGCUUUGAGGACGACAGUGCGAGUGUAUUUUUCAAGAUCAUUGCAGUUGUGUUAAUACAGUCACGAGGAGAUAUUUACAGUAGGAAUAACUUGCGUCCCCUCUUGAGGAACAUAAAAAAAGGGAUUUAAUUUACGAAAGGUAUAGCCUGCGAAGACAGACGUAUUUCCGGCUGCCACUUGGUUCCGCGUUUUUCAUGUAAAUUUAAGGUUACAGUAUACCUUCGGGUCGGCAAUUUUCUUCAAAUUUGGAUUUUUGGGUCAAAGUAGUGGCCGAAGAAUGAUCUCAUAUUUCCGAAAAAUAUUUUUGAAAAAGGCUAAAUAUUGGCGGAGAAAUGGCGGUUUUACGUUUACGCCGGAAGUAAAAGUUUA